AUGUCUGCUAAUGUUGAGGCUCUCACCGCGAAGGUGGCCGAACUGGAGACAGUUGCUCGCCAUCAGUGCAAAGGUCUUGGCACCGCUGAUACAGCCGAUUACCUGAUGUCGCAAUAUGCCGAUAAGGAGACCGCCACUUUCAAGGAUGAGACUGUACAACUAGAUGCCCAGCCGGCAGCUGUUGAAACAUCCUGUCUGGAUGCCGCCGACAACUCUAGCGAUACCUGCAUGACCGAUGUUUCCGAGGUUGUACCAGUCCCAGCCUUCAUGGAAUGGUCGCAGUCUGUUGCUGGCUCUGAAUCCUAUGUCAUUGUGAUGCAAAGCUCCGGUGUGAUGACCACUUCUAUUCGCGUUGCCGUGGUGAAUUUCAAGGAGGACAAAGCAAUUAUCAAUUUGUGCCUUGUCAUUUCAUGUGUUCCAGCUAGCCAGGAUCCUGGCAUUACCAUGGUCUAUGGCAUAGAAUACUCAACCCUGGACGAUUCGGAUGAUUGGGCCUUUAAAAACACAACUACUUAA